GACUGGCGUGGGUCAGGUCAGGAAUGCAACUGUGCUUUUAGCUCUCAGUCAGGGAAACAUAGUCAUGAACAGCACCGGCUCUAUAAUUUGCAGGAUCAAGUGCAAAUAAAACCGUGGGGCUCCUUGUUGAGAACUAAUUCAGAAUUUCAAGAUGGUAACAACAGAGCCUUUUUAAGUUAGGGGGCCCUGGUGUGACUGCAGGGGGAGACCUCAGUGAAGCUGACCUUGGGCACAGAGCACAGAGCCAGAAGCUGACGGGUUAAUCUUUGUGAUGCUUCCAAGAGGGACCAGUAAGAGGGAGCUGGGACCUUAACUCAGCUUGGCGGAGAGCAGGGAAUGCCCACGGGCCAUCACUGGAUAAGGGUCCAGAGUUUCCUUGUGUGCAUCUCAGAGUUGGAAGAAUUCUCGCCUGCAGGAUCUUCACACAUCGAAUCUAAACAGAAACCAACUUUAAGCUGAUCACCACACGUGAGCAUGCUUACCUCGGAGCAGACAGUGACAAGGUGCCCACUUUGAUGACUCGUUGCGCUACUGCCUUUGAUCUCCACUAUAGAAAAUGCUCUGCUCCAUCUCAGAAGGGAUUGCCGUGUGCCCCAUUAGCUGGCCUUUGGAUCAAACCAGCAACAGACCUCACAGCUAGAAUUCCACCGUUGGCCAUUCACAAAGAGAGAAAUUGCACUAGGAACUCAGCCAUGAAGAAGUGAAACAAGAUGUUCGCUUCCAAGGAGGAAACAUUCUGGCCUGGAGAAACGACGUUCCAAAAUGCCAGUCUAGCUUGUGGAUUUCAAGGAAGAGUUUCCAAUCAGAUAUGUGGUAUCAUUCAUCCUCUCUCCACCCUCCUUAAAAGAAAGACCCCGACUGCAGCAACACCUACACGGAGAAAGGAGGACCAGCUCCGUUUUAUGGGUUUGAAGUGAAAACUCACAAAUAGCAGCACCCCUAGAACAGUCGCCGCCCCAGAAGUCACCCGGAUGCCCAAAGGGCAUUAGAAAGCAUGAGCUAUUACGGCAGCAGCUACCCGAUCGUGAACGUGGACCCCAAAUACCCAGGCUACCCCCAGGAGCACGUUCUAGCCGAGAAGCGAAGAGCAAGGAGACGUCUCCUCCAUAAAGACGGCAGCUGUAACGUGUACUUCAAGCACAUUUUUGGAGAAUGGGGCAGCUACGUGGUGGACAUCUUCACCACCCUCGUAGACACCAAGUGGCGCCAUAUGUUUGUGAUAUUCUCUUUAUCUUACAUUCUCUCCUGGUUGAUAUUUGGCUCUAUCUUUUGGCUGAUAGCCUUUCAUCACGGAGAUCUGUUGAGUGAUCCCGACAUCACGCCUUGUGUGGACAACGUCCAUUCCUUCACGGGGGCGUUUUUAUUCUCCCUGGAGACCCAAACCACCAUCGGUUAUGGUUACCGCUGUGUCACUGAGGAAUGUUCUGUGGCCGUGCUCAUGGUGAUCCUUCAGUCCAUCUUAAGCUGCAUUAUAAAUACCUUCAUCAUUGGGGCUGCCUUGGCCAAAAUGGCAACCGCCAGGAAGAGAGCCCAGACCAUUCGGUUCAGCUACUUUGCCCUCAUCGGCAUGAGAGAUGGGAAACUUUGCCUCAUGUGGCGCAUCGGUGAAUUCCGCCCCAACCACGUGGUAGAAGGCACGGUCAGGGCCCAGCUUCUCCGCUACACAGAAGACAGCGAAGGGCGGAUGACGAUGGCAUUUAAGGACCUAAAGUUAGUCAAUGACCAGAUCAUCCUUGUCACCCCAGUAACGAUCGUUCAUGAAAUCGACCAUGAGAGCCCCCUGUAUGCCCUUGACCGGAAAGACGUGGCCAAAGAUAACUUCGAGAUUUUGGUGACGUUUAUCUAUACUGGCGACUCUACCGGGACUUCUCACCAAUCCAGGAGUUCCUACGUUCCCCGAGAAAUUCUCUGGGGCCAUAGGUUUAAUGACGUCUUGGAAGUGAAGAGAAAGUACUACAAAGUGAACUGCUUACAGUUUGAGGGAAGCGUGGAAGUCUAUGCGCCCUUUUGCAGCGCCAAGCAACUGGACUGGAAAGACCAACAGACCCACCACGUGGGGAAAGGCCCGCCCGCCCGAGGACCCCGCGCAUCUGACACCAAGGUCAGAAGAAGGUCACUUAGCGCCGCUGCCAUCGUCAGCAGCUGUGAAAACCCAGAGGAGACCGCCGCCUCCACCACGGAUGAGUGUAAGGAAGUACCUUACCAGAAAGCUCUCCUGACUUUAAAUAGAAUCUCUGUAGAAUCCCAGAUGUAGUCCUGAGUUGUAAGCACGAGGGCUACCAGUCAAUCGUUUUUUUACCGCCUAGCCAAUCGCCUUAAGGCAAGUAGUCAUAAACAGAGCUUUUAAAGAAGGUGAUAGCUGUCUUUGAUGGUGAAGGAAGAUAAAUAGAGCAGGUUAAACUUGAUAAAAGGUAUCUAAACACGACAUCGUAUCCAACUGUUUAACUUCUUUUUUUGGCUAGCAAAUUUUGUGUUAGGGGAUGCUAUUAAGAGGCCUAAUGGAUUAAUUUACAUUUCAUCUCCUUUUGUUAUUCCGUAUACUUGUAUAGUCAGGUGGAGGUAUAAUAUUCAAUAAUGGGGAACACAGGACACUGGGAUAAUAGAAAGGAGAAAGGAAAAUAGCAUGAAUAAUAAAAAUUUUAAAUGGAUCCAAAUUGAGAGUAUAAUGAGUUACCUAUAAAGACAUGAUAUCAUAUAAUCAAGAUGCGCAGGGAAUGCGUUCGGUAGAUUGUAACAUUGAGCUGUUAAACUGUGAGAUCAGUCCCUGUGUUUGGUCCCCAGGGUGUCUCGGUAUCAGCUGGCAGAGGCAGUGGCCGUAGGAAGUAACAAUGCCGCCGGUUCUGACGGUGAAUCCCCUGCCAUUUGCCAGGUAAUGAUCAAGCAGUGCUAGAAGCUACUUUUUCUCUCAUCCGUGAGGCAGAAGAAAAGUUGGCAUUAUUACUCAGAGAGGUAUUUCUCUCUUAAAUGCUCUGUUUGACUCCAACAAAUGGCUCUGUGUGGAGGAGCAGAAAUAAGGCAAACCGGAGCUUUGUAAGGUGGGUGACAAGGGGACUGCUUCUGUCCACGUCCCCACACCUUCUUUGAGGACAAAGGAUCGGGAUCCUGGAGAUGGGGUGAGGGAACGGAGAGCCAUAAACAUCCUCAGACUCUUUGAGAGAAAGCGUGUUCCUGGGUCCUGGAAGACUGGAGCUCUGGCUACACAAGGGAUGGAACCCUUUUUUUUUUUUUUUUGGCAGUUGCGGUGGGGUUAGGAGGUGGGGAGGCUGAGAGGGGAAAAGUAUUUAUUUGUGCCUAGAAGCAAUUAUGUAUGUUUCCUGUCUUGGUCACUUUAGAAAACACAAAUAACUUGAAUUGUGAAUUUUAAGAAACGCUUCCAUUGAACUUGGAACCAUCAUUUAAAUGCAGGAUUUUGUGACUAUAAUUAAGGUGAUUUUAAUGCACAUUAUGAAGUGGAUCAGCUAAGUGCUUUAGAAAUGCUUAAAUUGUAGGACAGGAGAUAAAUGUGUAUACUCUAUUUCCACGUUAAAAGAUGUUAAUUAUGAUUAAACACAAAUCCAAUCAUCUACGAGUGAAUAGUCACUCACUCUAAGCUUUAUCAGUUGAAGAUUUAUCAGCUAUAUUCCGAAUUAUCUGUGUUAUUUUUUACAUUGUUGCUGAGCUGGUAAUAAGUAUAUGCCACAGCUUUUUAUUUGUUUAUUUUAUUUAAAUAUAUAUAUGCACACACAUAGUUUUUGCUUUUUUCUGGAAAAUCUGUCUCUCUCUCCCCAUUUAAAUUAAAGCACACAAGUAAAUUUUACUGAAUCCCACAGUCCAAGAUUACCAAUAGAAGUAAAAUGUAUAGGUCUAUAAAGUUUUUCUUUUGUUUUCCUUCUUUUUUCUCCUUU